AUGCCGCCCAAACGCAAGUCAGAAGGGGCCAUACUGGCCGAGGAUAGCGCUAGAACGCCUUCCAAGCGUGUUCGAAACGAGCCACCUGCGGUUGUCGGUUCAGGCGAAGGGGCUUCUUCGAUCCACACGCGGGCGUCACUAAUUGUUCUCGGGCAGAUCGCUGAAACACCUCAGACCGGCGAGAAGAAAAAGCGCGGUCGCCCACGCAAAUUCCCCGAGGGGUCGACCCCUAAGUCUUCCGAUGGUCCUAAGCGCGGACGGGGACGCCCACGGAAAGUUCUCUCGGAAGCUGAUCUUGCAGCUGCAGCUGCAGCUGCCGCGUCGCCUGGUCCGAAGAGAGGGCGUGGACGACCCCGCAAGGAGCUAGGCACCGCGACAACGACCCCGUCAACAACACCCAAGAAGAAGGAUGGCCGUGGACGACCUCGCAAAGAGCGUGGCUCUGCGACAGCAACCCCGGCAGCAGCACCGAAGAAGGAUGGCCGCGGUGGGCCACACCAGAGUCUGGCUACCAAUGGCGCAGAGAGUGUUGUUAAACCCGAAGCCGAGUCGAUAAUAUCUGAGUCCAAAUCUGAGCGGAGCCCCGAACCUACCACCGACAGUGCGCCCAUAGUCGAAACUGGUCGUUCAUACUGGCUGAUGAAGGCCGAGCCCGAGUCGCGCCUUGAGAAGGGCGUCGAUGUUAAGUUCUCGAUCGAUGACCUGGCCGCUGCAGAUGAACCGGAGCCCUGGGACGGAGUUCGCAACGCUGUCGCACGAAACAUUAUGAAGGAUAUGAAGCAGGGAGACUAUGCUUUCUUCUAUCACUCUAACUGCAAGGUUCCCGGGGUGGUGGGAGUCAUGGAGGUUGUGAAAGAACACUCGGUUGAUGGUUCGAGGGCCCCGUUUUCCUUUGUUUGUCAUCGGACACAGUUUGCUGACAAUCUUCUCUCCCCUAUAGAGUCCGCUUUUGAUCCUAAGCACCCGUACUACGACCCCAAGUCCAGUCGCAACAACCCCAAGUGGGUGGUUGUGCACGUCGAAUUUCGCCGCAAGCUGAAGAAACAGGUCACACUGAGCGACCUCAAAACUCACGCGCAGCCUGGAAAGGCCCUCGAGAACCUCCAAACCAUCAAGCAAUCGCGACUCAGCGUGUCCUCAGUGACUCCGGCUCAAUGGAAGUACAUUCUCGAGCUGGCCGGCGAGGAUCCGCAAGAGAGUACAUAG